UUGGACCUCCACCGUAUAGACUGAAAAACAUGUUUGAUGGAAACCCUGUUGGCUUAAAGGAAAUCGACGAUGUUCAACUUAAAGAUCUACUUUCAUGGAUGCUACAACGUGUACCUGAACUAAGACCAUUAGCCAACGAGGCGUUAAAACACCCUUAUCUACAAUGCCAUGAGGACAACUAUGAUAUGCUGUGUGGUGUGGCAAACCAACCAGGGAUAGAGAAACCGUAUUUAGGUCAUCCUCUUAACUCAGAUGUGCAUGAGCAGUUAAAUGGUCUAAAUAAUUGGAUGGACCGUAUUGAACCUGAAGUCUUUAGUAAUUUCAAUAGAAGUCAAUACGACUCCACAUGGUUGGGUUGCUUAAAAUUUUUGCAAAACGUUCACCAGAAUUGGCAUGAGAAACCACUCAUACAUAUCAAGGAAGGCAACUAUAAAGUGUAUUUCUUACGAGUUUUCCCAGAGCUUCCUCUGCUGGUGCAUAGAAUCACAAGGCUUAAUGAUUGGAAAAUAAGAUCUGAUCUUAAAGAUCAUUUCAAAAAAUUGCAAUUGAAAGAAUGGAAGUAUUUUGAUCAAUCAAUAAAGCACAAAGAGAUGUUCUUAAAAUUAAUUAAGUAUGGACGCGACCCAGGUAUGAAGGUUGAAUGUGUGAACGACGUACGUGUAAUUUUCUCGGACGAGUUUUGCAUUGGCAAAGGAAAUAAUGAAACUCGUGUUUAUCUUGGACUGAAAAAGGAUGGUUAUGGAAAAGCAGUAAAACGAGUACGUCGAGAUAACUGUACCAAUGAAGCAGAGAACGAAAUGAGAAUUUUGAAUGAAAUCAAAGCUAAGAAGUCGAGUUAUGUUGUGAAUUAUUACCACUUAGGAGAAGAGCCCGGAACUGAAUAUGUCUAUUUGAUACUUGACCUAUGUGAAGAAUCGCUGGAGAGAUUCGUAAAAUCUUCUACUUUGGAGGGUCUUCAAAAAUCUCUUCCCGAAAUUCUCAAGCAAAUUUUAAAAGGAUUAGCUGAUCUUCAUAGCGAACCAAAUCCUAUUAUUCAUUGUGAUUUAAAACCAUCAAAUGUUCUUCGAGAUGCACAAGGACAAUAUCUGAUAGCUGACUUUGGUAUUAGUCAAAUAUUGAAAAACGGCCUUAAAACACAUGUAAGCGAUGCUACUAAGGGAACUCACGAUUGGAUUGUUCCUGAAUCGUACGUUGUUAAUGAGGAGUCAUUUGAUAAAGCACGAUACAAACCAGAGUCUGAUGUAAUGAAUGCAGGAAUGGUGGCUUAUUAUGUUGCAACAAAAGGGAAACAUCCUUUUGGACCUCGAGAGUAUAGACUGAAAAACUUGUUAGAUGGAAACCUUGUUGGUUUGGAAGAAAUCAAGGAUGAUCAGCUUAGAGAUCUUCUUUCAUUGAUGCUGCAACGACAACCCGAAGACAGGCCAUCUGCCAAAAAAGCGUUAAAACAUCCAUAUCUGCAAUCUGCUGAAGCGAACUUUGAUAUGUUGUGUGAUGUGGUGAAUCAACUGGAGAUAGAGAUAAGUGAUCCUCUCAACUCAGAUGUCCAUAUGCAGCUAAAUGAUCCAGAAAAUUGGAUGGACCGUAUCGACGGAGAAAUUUUUAACAAUUUCAAUGACUUUCACCCUACAUGGUUAGGCUGCUUAAAACUUUUGUUAAACGUUCGCGAGCAUUGGCAAGAUGAACCUCAUCCACAACUGCCGCCAAGUGUGGGCAACUAUAAAAAGUAUUUCCUGCAAGUUUUUCCGGAGCUUCCUCUUCUGGUGCACAGAAUAAUGAGGUAUAUCGAAAGGAAACCCACUCCAGAUCUAGAAGAACAAUUUGCUAGAGAAAUCAAUAGAGGUUGCUCCGAGCUAGAUGAAGGAAAGAGGACGACGAAAACAUUACCCAGAUUGCAUUACGAGAAAAAAGAACCACAACGUCCAAGAAGGGAUACUAUUAACAAUUGUCAAGAAAGUGACAGGAGAGACGAGACGUCAAAAGGACUUUCAAAAAUAACAAGAGAAAGUUUUGGUAGACCGUCAAAAGAAGGAAAGACGACAAAAAAAACACCCAAAAGGCGAUUCUUCUCUCCGUCAAAAGAUUACGAGGAAAAAGAUGCAGAUGUUAUUUUGGAUGAACACAUUAAAAUCUUCAAAAGUAAUUUUCUUGACGAACGCAGUAACAUUAAAGCUGACGUGUGUGAUGUACUUGAAAGCUUCACGUGGCUUUGUGGAGAGUAUGGAACAGCUGGCCCAAACGAGAAGAUGCCAUUUCCUCACUUAUAUGUCAUGGUUGAUGAUAGUCAAAAAAAAUCGAAUGAAAUUAUAAAGCAAGAGAUUGAUGGAAAAUUUGGAUGGGAAGCUUCAAAAAACAUUGAUUUGCCACGUAAAGCUCCUAAAAAAGCAAAUUUUCGAUUGCUGUCUGACUUUCGCGCUUCAAGAAAGGAUAAAAAUGACGUUGGAUCUCGUGGUACAUUGACAAUAUUUUGUCGAAAGGAAGAACGGUAUUUUGCUUUAACUUGCGCACAUAAUGGUGUUGAUAGUGACUUUGUUGACUACCGAGGCGUGUUCAAUCUCGAAGACUGGUUGGAAAUGCGCGAUGCUGUGAAUUCUAAUUCCAUGAAACAUAACAUGGAUUACUUUUACAAACCUUCUCACAAUGACAGUGAGGUGCAACUUGGCGAUGGCCGCAACGCGGUUUCGCGGCUCGAUGAAGAAACAGACAUCAUGUGCAUUUCUGUUGGUAAAACAGAUUUCAACAGGUACCUUAAAAAAUACAUGAAAAGUUUUCAAUUAAGUUUAGAAAAUGCAAAUGACGAGCUUUUUCGACGAGUUGUUCAGGAAAAUGAACACGUCGACGCACGCAUUACUGCAAACAACAAAUCCAAGCAUAGUAAGAUCACAGCGUACAAUUAUUGUUAUUGGUCUCAAUAUCGUAAAAAACCUAUAAUUAGAAAUGCAGUCAAGGUUCAAAGUGAUGUGUCAUUUAUUGAGGAUGGUGACUCUGGUGCUCUUGUUUACUUUUUGAAUGAAAACAAUAAUUGGAAACCGUUUGCAUACGCUGUUGCUGAAGUCGAAGGAGAUGGCAAUAAAAAUGGUAGUGAGAGUAAUGAUAGUGAUCGUGAGAUCUGUUUCGCCAAACCUGCGGGGACUUUUAUUUGCUUUAAAUUGGACAAAGCUUUGGAGAAACUGAACCUUGAGAAUGAGGAAUAUUUUGGAAGAAAUGAUUCGACGGGUAUCGUCAAGUCGGCCCUUCGUUUUCUAAAAUUGAGGAAAUAGUAUCUUCCUGGAAUUUUCAAAAAAACACCCUCAUGCUGUUAUUUUGGAGUUCAAUGAGCUAACUUUAUUGAAUGUAAUCAAUUUUAAUUAGCACUUAUGACAAAAUUAAUGUAAACUAUGAUUCAUUUAAAAUUCACGAUUCCACCACAAUGUUGAAUCCAGUGUUGGGCAGUAAAUCACAACACCUCACUUUUGGAUUGUUUUAAGAUUUGAAACUUUUUACUUGUAAUUAGAUUAGCAGGACAUAACUGAUUCUUUGGAAAUACUUAUGAUCAAUUACAUUCUUAUAAAAGAUGUUAUAUGUAUUAAAGCUACAAUUUAUUUCCAAA